GCCCUUUGCAGACCAGGCGGGCCUUCUCCAUCCGCGGAGGCGGCCGUGAUCAUGGCUGCGGAAGGGAAAGGCGAGACUUGUCCGGGACUGCAGGCAGGGAAUGGGAGUGUACUCUGGAAAGAGCACUUAAAGUUCCCUGUGAGCAAGAACAACUUUGGAGGAUAGCCUGUGUGGACUGCUGGAGGCGCUGAACCUCUCUCCCCACUUGAGCAGAGCUUCGCAUUUGGCCGAUGUUCGCUGGGCCCAGACAACCAGCUGUUGUUUUGGGGCCUCAAGAUGGCCUCCCUCGCAAGCAUCCAGAAUUUGGAGAAUGCUGACGGUGUCGCCGCCGCUUCUUCUCUCCUGGAGGAGAAGCCCAAAAGCAGAGGGUUUUUCCAGCUCGGCUCCUUCUUCCAUUCCCGGAACGAGAAGUUUGUCAUCGCCAGGAGCGACAGCGUCCCGGAGGAGAACGUUUUGAAGAUCACCAUCACCGAAACCACUGUCAUUGAGUCGGACCUGGGCAUCUGGAACUCCCAUGCACUCAUCUACCUCACCUUGUGGUUUUUCUUCAGCUUUUGCACACUUUUUCUUAACAAGUACAUCCUUUCGCUGCUGGAAGGGGAGCCGAGCAUGCUGGGCGCUGUUCAGAUGCUGUCUACCACUUUCAUCGGCUGUGUCAAAAUGUUCGUCCCUUGCUGCCUCUACCAGCACAAGACCCGCCUCUCAUACCCUCCCAACUUCCUCAUGAUCAUGUUGUUUGUUGGGCUGAUGAGGUUUGCAACUGUGGUCUUGGGCCUAGUCAGUCUGAAGAACGUAGCUGUCUCCUUUGCUGAGACAGUGAAAAGCUCUGCCCCCAUUUUUACCGUCAUCAUGUCCCGCAUGAUUUUAGGAGAGUACACAGGAUUGCUCGUAAACCUGUCUCUUCUCCCCGUCAUGGGAGGGCUCGCUUUGUGCACCGCGACAGAGCUGAGCUUCAACGUCCUAGGCUUCUCAGCAGCUUUGUCUACAAACAUCAUGGACUGCUUGCAGAACGUUUUCUCCAAAAAGCUGCUCAGCGGAGACAAGUAUCGCUUCUCCGCUCCCGAGCUUCAGUUCUACACCAGUGCAGCUGCAGUGAUCAUGCUGAUUCCAGCUUGGAUCUUUUUCAUGGAUGUGCCAGUAAUUGGGAAAAGCGGGAAGAGCUUCCGGUACAACCAGGAUGUCGUUGUGCUGCUUCUGAUAGACGGAGUGCUGUUUCAUCUCCAAAGUGUUACAGCCUAUGCCUUGAUGGGAAAGAUUUCCCCUGUGACUUUCAGCGUCGCCAGCACGGUGAAGCACGCCCUGUCCAUCUGGCUAAGCAUCAUCGUGUUUGGCAACAAGAUCACCAGCCUCUCGGCCAUCGGGACUGUCCUGGUGACGAUUGGGGUUCUGCUCUAUAACAAGGCCAAGCAGCACCAGCAAGAGACCAUUCAGAACCUGGCAGCAGCCUCUCCUCCCCAAGCGUCCCAGAGCCUGAAUGAAGACACUGAACCACUGAUUCCCAAGGACUUGAAGCCCUACGAAUGA